GCGUUGCUCGGUAGUUGACAGCAGCUCAGCUGGUACGGAACCGGAGGCAGCGUGCUGGUGCUCGGCUCAAGAGAGAUCAGUCAGCCAAAAUGUUGAGAAUUACGAUCCGGGCAGAUAUGGGAGCUCUUUGGGUGCUAUUAUGUGUCACCUAUUCUCAGUUCUUGACCAUAUCCUCUGAUGACAUAGUGGUGGCAUGCGGGGGAUUUGUGAAAUCCGAUGUUGAAAUCAAUUACUCUCUGAUCGAGAUUAAACUGUACACGAAACAAGGUUCCUUGAAAUAUCAAACGGAUUGUGCUCCAAUCAAUGGCUACUUCAUGAUCCCUCUCUAUGACAAGGGAGACUUUGUUUUGAAGAUUGAGCCUCCGCUCGGGUGGAGUUUUGAACCGACCAGUGUCGACCUCCAUGUGGAUGGAGUGAGUGACAUCUGUACAAAAGAAGAAGACAUCAACUUUGUCUUCACUGGCUUUUCAGUCUCAGGAACGGUUCUGAGUAAGGGCCAUCUCCUGGGUCCGGCUGGAGUAGAAGUCAAACUCAGCCGAGUGGGAACAGAGGAGAAACUCCAGAGCGUCGUCACACAGCCUGGAGGAAAGUAUACCUUUUUAAAAGUGCUCCCUGGAAAUUAUGACAUCACAGCUUCCCAUCCCUCCUGGACUCUGGAGCAGAGUACUACCUCAGUCUAUGUCUCCAAUGCCAAUGCCCCGGCCGCCGACCAUCUGGUAGUUGGAGGCUACGAUGUCUCGGGGGAGGUCCGCAGUGAUGGAGAGCCCAUGAAAGAGGUCACCUUCCUACUGUACUCAGCCACAGUCAACAGAGAGGACGUCGGUGGCUGUAACACAUCCCCAGUGGAGGGGGCAGAUUCUGGGGACAGCUCCCUGGUCUACCUGUGCAGCGCUCUAUCCAGAGAAGAUGGGACCUUCGUCUUCCCCUCACUGGCCAGCGGCGAGUACGCUGUGGUGCCUUUCUACAGGGGAGAAAGGAUCACGUUUGAUGUCGCUCCUUCUAGGAUGAAUUUCAAGGUGGAACACAACAGUUUGAAACUAGAGCCCAUCUUUCGUGUCAUGGGCUUCUCUGUGACAGGCCGAGUUCUCAACAGUGUCGGUGGGGAGGGCGUCCCUGAUGCCACAGUGUCCCUCAACAAUCAGAUCAAAGUCGUAAGCAAGGAGGAUGGUUCUUUCCGGUUGGAGAACAUGACGGCUGGUACCUACACCAUCCGUGUCAACAAGGAGCUCAUGUUCUUUGAGCCAAUCACAGUGAAGAUCGCCCCCAACACACCUCAACUUCCUGACAUCAUCACAGCAGGGUUCAGUGUGUGCGGUCAGAUCUCCAUCAGCCGCCUGCCUGAGGGCAUGAAGCAGCAGGGCCGCUACAAGGUCACUCUGACACACCAGGACCAAGACAAGACCUCCAGCAGGACCAUCGACUCUGACCCUCAAGGGGCCUUCUGCUUUCAGGCCAAACCUGGAGACUACAGUGUCCAUGUGUCUCUCCCUGAGGCAGAGGUGAAAGCAGGCCUGGCUCUGCAGCCUCAGGCCCUGGAGGUCUCCCUUGUGGACCGGCCCCUCACAGACCUACUUUUCACCCAAUUCAUGGCUUCUGUCUCUGGAAAAGUCUACUGUUUAGCAUCCUGCGAUGAUCUGUCAGUAACCCUGCAACCAGUGAGUCGGCAGGGAGAGAGAAGGGCGGUGGCUCUGUCUGGCAGCAGUGACAUCCUCAGCUUCUCCUUUGAAAAUGUUUUACCUGGGAAAUACAAAGUGAGUAUUUCUCAUGAGGAGUGGUGCUGGAAGCAUAAGUCUGUGGAAGUGGAGGUUCUGGACUCCGACGUCUUGGGGGUGGAGUUCAGACAGAUUGGCUACAUCCUGCGCUGCUCCCUCUCCCAUGCCAUCACUUUGGAGUUCUUCCAAGAUGGCAGCAAACCUGAGAAUGUCGGCGUGUACAACCUCUCUAAGGGAGUCAACCGCUUCUGCCUCUCCAAGCCUGGUGUUUACAAAGUCACCCCUCGCUCCUGCCACCAGUUUGAGCAGGACUUCUACACCUACGAUACCUCGGCCCCAAGUAUCCUGACCCUCACUGCAGUGCGGCAUCACAUGACCGGGCUCAUCACCACCGACAAGAUCCUAGACGUCACAGUUACUAUCAAAUCAUCUAUUGAGAGUGAGCCGGCGCUGGUGCUGGGUCCCCUGCGGAGCCUGGAGGAACAGAGGCAGGAGCAGCAGCUGCAAGAGAUUCAACUGCGCCGUCAGGAACGAGAGCGCCGUGCCGCGGAAGAAGACGGAGGUGCCAGGGAUGAUAGCCCUCCUAUCCAAGAGAAGGCUGAUGAACUGACAGGCCCCUUCCACUAUGAGUUCGCCUACUGGGCCAGGGCUGGAGAGAAGAUCACAGUGACACCCUCAUCCAAGGAACUGCUGUUCUACCCUCCUGAAGUAGAGGCCACUAUCACUGGAGAGUUGUGUCCAGGUCGGCUGGUGGAUAUCAUGGGGCGUGCAGGGCUCUUCCUGGAGGGCAAGGUGUCACCAGAGCUACAGGGUGUGGAGAUCUCCAUUACUGAAAGAGGAGCUGCUGCACCACUUAUUACUGUGGCCACUAAUGAGAUGGGAUCAUACAGUGUGGGUCCACUCCACAGCGACCGGCAGUAUGACAUCAAUGCUAGUAAAGAAGGCUUCGUCCUGAGUCCUGUGGAGGGAACCCAGGGAGAUUUCAAGGCGUUCGCUCUGGCUGGUGUCACCUUCAAGAUCAUAUCGGAGGAUGGUCAUCCCCUGUCAGGUGUCCUCCUGUCUCUUAGUGGAGGACAGUUUCGCUCCAACCUGUUGACCCAGGACACUGGCCUGCUCACCUUUAAUAACCUGAGUCCUGGUCAGUACUACUUCAAGCCCAUGAUGAAGGAGUUCCGCUUUGAGCCGGCAUCUCAGAUGAUCACAGUGGAGGAGGGUCAAAACCUCAGCAUUGAUAUAACUGGCAUUAAGACUGCUUAUAGCUGCUAUGGAGCGGUGCAGUCUCUGAGUGGAGAUGCAGAAAGGGAUGUGGCCGUGGAGGCGGUGGGACAGGGAGAGUGUAGCCUCUACAGCGAGGACACCGUCACAGAUGAGGACGGUCGCUUCAGACUCAGGGGUCUGCUGCCGAAUUGCAAAUAUCGAAUUCAGCUGCGAGCUGAAGGCAACGACCACAUAGAGAGGGCCUUACCACAACACAGAACUGUAGAGGUUGGCAGUAGUGACAUUGAAGGGGUCAACAUCAUCGCCUUCAGGCAAAUCAAUCAGUUUGACCUCAGUGGAAACGUCCACACAUCCCCUGAACAUCUCCCAACACUAUCGGUGAAGCUUUACAAGAGUGACAAUCUGGACAACCCAAUCAACAGUGUUUCUCUAGGACAGUCCCUCUUCUUCCACUUCCCUCCUCUGGAUAGAGAUGGAGAGAGCUAUGUGCUGAUGCUGUACUCCACGCUGUCCCGCUCCCAGUAUGACUACACUCUGCCUCAGGUCACCUUCACCUCCAGCGGCUACCACAAACAUGUCACACUCACCUUCAACCCCACUCGUAAAGUGCUUGACCAGGAUAUUGCCCAGGGCUCCUACAUAGCUCUGCCUCUCACUCUGCUGCUCCUGUUAGCAGCGUACAACCAUGAGAAGGUAAUCCCCCUCCUGUUACAGGUGGUGAAUCGUAUCCAGGGAGUGAGGAGCAUGGCCCAAGCCAGCGGGGACAGCGCUGCUCUGGAUGAAGCCAAACGUCAGGCCAAGAGACAGAAGGCCAGGCGCACAUGAGGACACAAUCACGGUUCAGCUCAGACUACAUCUUUGUACACUAAAUAGCACACUUGCACCCAUGGUUACAGCCUCAGAGCGCUCUGUGGGUUAGCUCAUAGAGUAGAUGCCAGUUCACUAAAUAAACCUCUUAACGUUUGGAUUGGCUGUGGCUAAUUGUGGGUGCUAGUGAACUAUUUUGCUCACAAAGAUGUGAUUUGGCCCCAAGUGAAGCCCAACAUGAACCACUCGCCGCGCAUUACCACCACCUCAUCAGCCAUUCAGAUUCAGUGGACUGAUCGCUGACAUUUUACAAGUUGUUUUGUCUUCUGUUUUUUUAGAACUUCUUUUUUUCCAGAACACUCAUUGUCGUAGAAAAUUGUUAAUAUUUGUGAUAGAAUAUGAGCCAUUUUUUUAUAUCUUUGUAAUUUAUCUAGGUCAACUAAAAUCUUUUGCUUGUGUUUUGAAAGCACUUGAAUGCUUUUGAUAUCAGUCCUAACGUAGUUUAGGACUAUGAGGCACCGUGGGUAAUCAUGUGUCUCACUUACCAGCAUUGGGAUCAAUUCAGACAAUACACAACAGGGAUUUUCUUCAGAAUGUGGCUCUAAUCAGAACUACCAGUAUUAACUUAAGGAUAUUUAAAAUUUACAGUUUAAAUUGAAUUCUAUGGGAUCAAAUAAGGGUCAUUAAGAUUUUGAGCUAUCACCCUUGUAAACCUGGGGAAAAAAACUCAAUUCACGUUUGUGAAUGUGUAGAAAAGAUCUUUAGUUGUACAAAAUGUGAGAAUGUCCAAAUGAAAUUUGUGCUAAAAAUGUUUUCACCAGUGAGGUUACACAAAGAUUCUGAACUGUUGUUCACUGUUUUGUGAACAUCUGAGCAGUUUCAAAGCUGAAAACUGCAUGUGAAACUCAAAUCUGAACACAUUGUGUCCAAAAUGUGUCCUCAGAGUUUUCAUGUAACCUCAUCGUUGACAUAAUUAGUGCACAAGUUUUAUUUAGACACUCUGAACUACAAAUCUUUUCUAAAUAUUCACAUUUUAACAGGUGAUAAACAAAUUUUUUGACCCUUAUUUGAGCCCAUAGAUUUUAUAUUAAACUGAAUCAGCCUCAGACUCCUGUAAUGCCAUUACAAAUUGGGGGGGUUCUGAAACUAAACUAUGCUUGAAUGACAGCCAAAGACGUUGACAAGCUAAUAAAUGCUUAUGCCGUUGUCAGUCAUGUCAUAUCACUAAAAUGUAAAACACCCUUGAGUUGCUGUAAAGCACUCCACUUCUGAUGGUAUUUUAUAAACUGUUAAGUGUGAUGCAAGAUUGACUUUAUGUCAGUUUCUCCAGUCGCUCAGGAAAGUUGUGGUUGAUGGGAUGCUGGAAAUUUGGGUUUGAAUACUGUGUGAGGAGAAAUUUUAGUUUUUUGCGGGAUGGGGAUGGGGACAGUUGAUUAAUUUAUUAAUGUGUCUAAUCAGAUGUGAAUGCUAACCUAGUUUGUAUGCUGGGAAAUGGCUUACAGUAGUGUGGUUGUUUUUUGAAUGAUAUUCUACCAGAUGAAGUGUGUGGCAAGCUAUUUUAAAGAGCAGCAUUACAUUUAAGAAGACUCACAUCCACGGAAAUGAAAAUGAAUGAGAAUAUCUACAAAAGGGACUGUCAUGACCUUGAAAGUUAAAAAGAUAUGGCAGAAUUGUAAUUUCAUGAGCUCAUUGUCUUACCACUGAGCUGUGUAAUGCACUGAAAACUAUGGAUCCCAAUUAUUUUUCUGUAUUUAAUUCAUCUGCUCUCAAUUGUGGCUGACUUUUGCUGAAAGAUGAAAAGACCACUGACUAUUUACUGAGUUUAAAUAUAUUCAAAUUAGUCCACAUUUUAGGGGGAGUUGAUUAGUUUGGUUGGGGUCGUGGCGGGAGGAUGAGGGGGGUGGGGUGUAUUUGUCAUUUGGUCAGAAUCUGUAAAAAAAAAUAAAUUGAGAUAAUGAAUAAAGUUUGAAUGGAAGGAAAUUAA